CGACCCAGCUCCAAUUGGAUUCCAGAUUCUCCCGCUCGAAUUGAAAUUUCGUAAUUAAUUUAAUUUAAAAUGUUUGUGCCCGAAACGGAGGACAUGCUGCCCAGAUCGGCGCCCAGGCCAAGUGCAGCGGUGCCCAUGGGCCUCACCAACGACAUUAUACGGCCCACUGUGCCGGAGGUGUCCAUAUUGUUUGGCCAGGCGCCGCAGGAACAGCAGAUGCAGCAGCAACAGCCGCCUCAACAGGAGCCAUCUCCUCGGGCGGCACCCACUUUCGCGUCCUGGACGAAGCAGAUGCUGCCCCGGGUCAACUUCUCGCCCAUCCUGGCCACGGAACUGGGACCACGAACUGCACCGAGCAACAGCAAUAACAACAACAACAGUCCUUGCUCCUCCAAGGAGUACAUCAUGAUGCCCAGGGAUCGCAACUACACAAACGAUUCACCACUGACGGCCAAUCACAUGUCCAGCAAUCCUGGACAGCAGGUCUAUCAAACCAGACGUCUCUCUAGCUCAUCCAAUGCGGAUGUCCUAACGAUUUGUGCUGGCACACAAACAGAGAUCUUUAACCCUUCACCCCCGCGGAAUUCGUUGCCACCAGUGGUCUACUCCGACAUCGAUGUCAGCCACCUGGCCAACAAGAGUGAUCUGGCUGCAGUGGUUUCCCUCUUGGAGUCCAUGCGCCAGGAGCAGCGGGAGCUGAGGAAUCUCUGCGAGUUGCUCUUGGAGCAGCAGCAGCAGCGGAGCAAACCCAGCAGGACAACUGCCAGCCAGUGUGAUAUUUUGACUACCAAUAGUGGCAGACGAAUAUCUCCGAUUAUACAGGAUUACAUAGCGGAGGAGGAGGAACCACUGCCUUCACCGCAGGCUCGCGUCAUUCCCCAGUUUCAAUCUCCGCGACCCAAUCCGCCAAUGGCUCAAUCCACGGGCUACCGGGCCAAUACGCCGCAGGGUAAACGGAUACCGCAACUGGCCAAGCCAAACACCGAAAAGAGCCUGGUGAUGAACGAACUGGCGCUGAAAUACUUGCGCCAACCCGUCGACGAGCUGAUGAAGGACAUGCGUCUGAGCGCCUCGCCCAAGUCGCCUAAUCCCGAACCGCUGCGCCAAAUCGACAAUCUCGCCCACACACCGGGUCCCAAUGAUAUUUCAAAUGCUUCCUACAAGUAUCUUAAGAAAUACCGCCUGCUGCCCGAGGAGCAGAUGGAACAUGUGUGCCCCCAAUCUCCGAUGGCGGCGGCUUCCGCCUCCUCGCCGCGAAUGCAACUGGACUUGGAGAACAUCAGGAACCAGCCAAAGCUGCUGUAA